AUGACAAGGCAGCAGGCACCAAGGCCCGGCAGGGCCAUCGUGCUGCUGUCUGUCGCGGGGCUGGGCGGGCUUUGCGCCUCCUCCGUUGCCCCCGCUUCCGAUGGCAGCGGGAUCGCGAGCCAUGGGUCCGGCGGGGGGGCAAACGACGCGGUGCGCAGGCAGGACACUUGGAGCCAGGAACGCGCACUCCACAGCAGCAGGGGCUCGCGGAGGCGGCCGCGCCCGGCACCCGUCCAGACGGGUGAUGCCCAGCAGCAAAGGGCGGAGGAAUCCGAGGUUAGGCUCGGCAGCGGCCUGGGCAGGAAGGGAAUGUUCAAUUCGUUCUCCCUGGGAGAGCAUGAGCCGUCGUCGUACUACAACACGAGCCCUAUUCCUGGAGGGGGGGUGCAACUCCAGCAGCAGCAACAGGACAGUAACGCCUUGACCGGCGGCGCCGCUGCUGGCUACAACCCGACUUGCUACAACGACGAGAGCAGCGGUAGUCGCGAGUUCUUCAAUGAUGACAACAGCGAGGAGCCGCUCGAAGAACAGCAACAACAACACCAGCAGGCACCAUACUACGGCAGCAUGGCCCCUGCCGCCAGCGGUGGCGGACGCGCCAGCCACUACUACCCCGGCCGCGGGCGAAACGCCGCCGAAAACCUGGCCGCCCAGCAGUUCCAAGGCUACAGCGCCGGGCGCUCCUCCUCCUCCUCCUACCGACACGAGCCGUUUUUCUUCAACGGCGAGAACCCGUACAGCGGCAGCGGCAGCAGCAGCAGCAGCAGCCGCAGCAACGGAAACCGCCGCCGCCGGGCGCGCGGGGGCGGGGUGGUGGCGGCGUCUGCCUUCCCGGCCAUCUCCCCGGCGCUUGCCGCCACCGCCGCCGCCGCCGCCGCCGCAGCGGCUUACUUCGUCGCAGGGGGAAUCUGCGCGGCGAUCUCGCACACCGCCGCCGUGCCCCUAGACGUCAUCAAGACCAGGAUACAGUGCGCACCGCCGGGGGUCGAGUACCGGGGGACCUGGGACGCCCUGGUUAGAAUCAUCAGGUCGGAGGGCGCCCGUGUCCUCUUCUGCGGCGCCGGCGCGACGCUCGUCGGGUACGCCUUGCAGGGGUCGCUCAAGUUUGGGUUCUUCGAGUUCCUGAAGCCCGUCUUCAGCGGGCUCUUCGCGCGAGGUAGCCGCGGCGCCGCCGCCGCCGUCGGAGCAGUCACGGCGCCCCCCGUCCUGGGUACCCUCAUCGCCGCCUCCGUCACCGCCGAGAUCGUGGGGUCCUCCGCGCUGACCCCUCUCGAGGCGGCGAGGAUCAGGAUGGUCGCGGACGCGGACUACGCCCCGGGACUCCGGUCCGGGAUCGCGCGCAUGGUGUCGGAGGAAGGGGUGGCGGCGCUGACGCGUGGGCUGCCGGCGGUUUUGGCCAAGCAGAUCCCCUACACGGUGACCAAGCUCGUGACGUUCGACUACCUGGUCCGAACGGUGGCUUCCCUGGUUUCGAGGAACAGUAGUGGCGGGGGGAAGAAAGGGUUUGGUACUGGGGUAGGGGGCACCGUAGCGUGCGCGGUGAUCGCCGGGGUGUUGUCCUCGCUGGCGUCGCAACCCGGGGAUUCGCUCCUGUCCGCCCUUAACAGCGAGGGGCGGAACGCGGAGGUCGAAGGCGGCGGCAUGAACACGGUCGCGGGGUUUGACGAGGUGAUGAUGAGCGACGUGAACAGCGAAGACGGCAGCGGCAGCAUGAGUGAUAGCGGCGGCAGCGGUAGCGGCAGCGAGGAGCAGCAGAACGGAGGAGGCGCGUACUACCAGUACUCCGCUGACGCGCCCGUUUAUUUCGAGGGUAGCGAUGCACCAACAGGUCAGCUGGAGCAGCAGCAGCAGCAGCAGCAGCAGGUAGAGCCUGUGAUCCUCGCCAUGGCGAGGAUUGCGAGAGAGGCCGGUUUCUCCGGACUGUUCCGAGGAACGGGGGCGAGAAUGAUGCACGUGACUUCAAUCGUCACCGUCCAGCUCCUCAUCUACCAGUCCAUCAAGAACAUGGUCGGCAUUGCCUCCUGAAGAAGGCAUAGAGUUAGCGUGUACUACUGAUAAUGUGGAAGUGCCUGUUUCCGAGCAGGGUAACUGGGAGCGGAUUAUUAUUGUAGUAGUGUGAAGUUUGAGAUUGGAAACGGGGGUCUGGAAGAAGACCUGGGGAUGGUGCUGACUCGCGUGACGGCGAAAGUAGUAGAUCCUUGUUUAAUGAAAAGGUGGAGUUAGAGAUGGUUGUGGAGACUGUCGAAGCGGGGAAGAAUGAUUCUGCGGGGAGGGACGAGGCGUAGGCUCACGAUGACGCCGCUCCUCGACGUUGUUGUUGCCUACCCUUUUUAUCGGUUUCGCCUGGUAUAUAAAUAUUUCAUUUUGAUAGAGAAACAGCGCCUUUAAAUGGCGUGGUGUAGCAUGUGUGUGUAGUUCGAAUUUAUAAGUAUCUACCGAGGCGGCAUCGAGUGGCAAGCGGGCGCGAAUGCUUGGUGCCCCGCGCAGCCACGGAGAAACAAGCCAUUCCAUACGUUGCUGCUGUCCCUCUUCAUGUGUGUGGGCGUGGUGCUUGCUUGGUUGUUUUGACACCGCCGUGCCUUUUCUUGAAAUGUGUGAAAGGGGGACGGUGCUUUCGGCGCGUUGCGUUUGCGUUGCACGUCUUGUGCUUCCACGAGCUUGUUGCCCAUGUGUCUUUGUCGCUUUGUUCAGGAGGGUUGCCGAGUACACACCCCGCAGCAGCGGACGCAGGGUAUUUUUGUCGACUUGGACGGGGAGGCUAGGUGGGCAGGCAGGCAAUCGCGAGGUGUGCUUGUAGUUGACGCCUGCGAAGCCACGCCUGCCUCUCGAUUGUAUUUAUUCGUGUUGAGAGAGAUUCCUCCGCUAGACCCCUCUCCAAGUGACCCGGGGGAACGUCUGGGUCACGGCUGCGAGGAGGGCGGUGUACAUACCAAAGUGGGAGAGUAAAGGCGUAAGUGGAGAAGUGAAGCGGAGAUAGAUGCUAUUACUUGUUCUUGGGAGAAAGAUGGGUCAUGGUGCAGUUGGGCUUGGGUGGGUAUUUGCCGGGGGGUAAUGUUUGUUGACCAUAAUAACGGGAAAGGGUGCUACGCCACGUAAAGUGCGUCGUUCGUUGAUGGUGCGGUGUGGUGCGUUCCCGUCUGCGUGUUGUACGCGUGUAC